UAUGUGUGUGCUUAUCCUCCUUUAUUAUUAUUUCUGGAUUUUUAAAUAAUAUUUAUUAAUAGACUGGUUGAUCAGAAGACAACCUUCCUAAGCCACCUGUCGUAUUUAAGAGUUUUAAGUGUUUAUGCUUCUUUUACCAUGUUUUGAUUUUAAUGAUCAGUAAGUAAUUCCAUACCAAUCUCACCUCAUUAUUUAUAAAUAUGCAGAGACUGUCUAUAAUCAGAAAACUAAGUUAAAGUCUGAUCACUUUGAAGCAGCUGUCUGUGUUGUCUGGUGUGUAAAUAAUAAAUCAGCUGGUUGUUAGAUCUGACAAUAGUGCAGUUGAGUCUGAUUGUCUAUCUGGACAUAUAUUAGUGUGCAAGUGUGUAAAAGGAAAGGUCCAGCUCUGGCCCAGUCCGAGAAGCCCUCUGAAAACCCAAUGCUGGAUCUGGAAGUGGUUCCUGAGCGCUCUUUGGGAAAUGAACAAUGGGAAUUCGCGUUAGGAAUGCCAUUGGCCCAGGCCAUUUCCAUCUUGCAAAAGCACUGCCGAAUUAUCAAGAAUGUCCAGGUGCUCUACAGCGAACAAAUGCCACUCAGUCACGACCUCAUACUCAACCUGACUCAGGAUGGAAUUAAACUGCUGUUUGAUGCUUACAAUCAGAGACUGAAGGUUAUUGAAGUAUAUGACUUGAGCAAAGUAAAAUUGAAAUACUGUGGAGUACAUUUUAACUCUCAGGCUAUAGCACCUACCAUUGAGCAGAUUGACCAGUCCUUUGGCGCUACUCAUCCGGGAGUAUACAAUGCUGCAGAACAGCUCUUCCACCUGAACUUCCGUGGCCUCUCAUUCUCCUUCCAGUUGGACUCAUGGAGCGAAGCCCCAAAAUACGAGCCUAACUUUGCCCAUGGCUUGGCCUCCCUGCAGAUUCCACAUGGAGCUACAGUAAAAAGGAUGUACAUUUACACUGGAAACAACCUUCAAGAAACCAAGGCUCCUGGGAUGCCUCUGGCCUGUUUUCUGGGUAAUGUGUAUGCCGAGUGUGUUGAUGUUCUGAGGGAUGGGGCAGGGCCACUGGGUCUCAGACUGCGCCUCCUCACAGCAGGAUGUGGUGCAGGAGUGUUAGCCGAUGCCAAAGUACGAGCCCUGGAAAGAAACAUCUACUUCGGGGAUUCGUGUCAGGAUGUUCUGAGUGCUCUGGGCUCACCACAUAAAGUCUUCUACAAGUCUGAAGACAAGAUGAAGAUCCAUUCUCCCUCUCCUCACAAGCAGGUCCCCUCCAAGUGUAACGACUACUUCUUUAACUACUUCACCCUGGGGGUGGACAUACUAUUUGAUUCCACAACCCACCUGGUAAAGAAGUUUGUUCUUCACACCAACUAUCCUGGUCAUUACAAUUUCAACAUAUAUCAUCGAUGUGAUUUUAAAAUUCCCCUCAUUAUUAAAAAAGAUGGAGCUAAUGCUCAGGAAGAUGACUGCAUCCUCACCACCUACAGCAAGUGGGAUCAGAUCCAGGAGUUACUGGGACACCCUAUGGAGAAACCAGUAGUGCUUCAUAGGUCAUCAUCUGCAAAUAAUACCAACCCGUUUGGAUCCACGUUCUGUUUUGGGCUACAGAGGAUGAUCUUUGAGGUGAUGCAGAACAACCACAUAGCAUCAGUCACCCUGUACGGAGCUCCUCGCCCUGCCAGCCUCUCCCGUACCGAGUCAAGUGCCCACUGAGGUUCCCAUCCUAUCCAGCUCAAUCAGGUCCACCAGCGCAGUGUGCCUUCUCUCACUGCUGCCAUCACACAAGCUACAGCACCACAUGCUGGGAGUUUCCCAAAGUCCUUCUGCUGAACAUAGUGAUGGAUGCUUUUUUCUCCCACACACACACACACGCACACACACACACUACUUUCCUCUCCCUCCAGCAUCUGUCAGUGGCAGUAUAGCACAGGGGAUGCACAGUGAUUCGAUUUCACUUAGAUAAGCUGUUUUUGUAAAUGAGCUUCUGUUUUACAUUUUUCCCACACAAACCACUGACACAAGGGCGUACGUGGCACACACUUCAUCCCAUUUUUCUGUGGCACGUUAAGCUUCAUAAUCCUAGGGUGGGUUGCACCAAGUCGUUUUCAGCUAAAACUGCUAAAUUGGCAGUAGCUUAGACCAGGAUUACUCGCCCUCCUUUAAGUAAUAACUGCCCGAUAAGGACAGCAGGCUGGCGCACACCUCUAUCAACAUGUGAGAAGCCGCUGCGCAACCCGCUAUUUUUCACACCAACAGAGAGCUUUAACACGUACAGAGAAAUAAGCUAAUCCUGCUCCAUUCCUGUGCCACUUGUGCCAGCAUCUUUAUCAGACAGCAGACGUUAUUAUUACAAUGGCAGGAAGGUCAAACUUAGCUUAGUUAUCCAGGGCUAUAGAGCACCCUGAUCAGGCCGGUGGCACCACUUUUAUACUAGAAUUUGGGAGUCCAUGAUAUUGGGCUAGCACAAUAGACAGCUGUGUGGAGGUUUUCCCCAUUCUUGGCAAUUCUUCUUGCUUUAGGUUAUUUAGUAACUGUUUAUGUGCUGUUAUAACAGUCACAUUGACAGUUCUUGUAUGUAUUUGUAUAUAUUAAAUCAAUGCUA